AUGCGGACCGUUCUCAUUCUCGCGACUGUGUUUGUUGCCCAGACGCUUGGUGCCGCUCUCUCAGGGCCCGUCCACGACGAUGGACUAGGAUACUUUUCAUUGGAGGCAAAGCCCAAGCAGGAGAAGAGGAACUUUUUAAGCGACUGGAAGGCCGCUCAUAAUCGCUGGGGCAAGGAGAAGCCUGCGCUAGAGUCCAACAUGGCUUUUGAAGGAGAGGCAACUGUGAAGGCUGAGCCGCUGGUUAAUGACCAAGCAUAUAUUACCGAAGUCGAAUUUGGGACGCCUCCUCAAAAGUUGAAGAUGAUAUUGGAUACUGGCUCUUCGGAUGUUUGGGUGCAAUCAUCAGACUCCAUAUACAAGGUCAACCAGAAUGGUCCCUGGGCACCGCAAUAUUUGCCAAACAAUUCAAGCACAUCCAGCCGAAUUGGCAAGGCCGUAUGGGGUGUUGAAUACCUGGAUGGAACCACGGCGACCGGCAUUGUAUAUCGUGACACACUCCGGUUAGGCGGUUUCGAAAUAAAGCAUGUCCCCAUUGAAUCGGCUCAGAUCAUGGCUCCCCGAUUUGAAACUGAAGUCGGCGUCAGCGGCAUCAUGGGUUUAGCGAAACAAUUGCCCAACAACAUCACUCCCCCAACGCCAUCUUUUCUCUCCCUCCUCCGAUCUCAGUUAAAGUCGCCAGUCUUCACAGUUGACCUGCGUCGAAACGCCACCAGCCGCUUCGACUUUGGCCACUUGAACAAAUCCAUGGCCGCAGAAAACAUCUCCUGGCUGGAUUCUAACCCGGACAGUCCCCACUGGGAUAUUGAACUAGACCUCACUGCCUGGCGCGGCAAGAACCCAAUGUGGAUGUAUCACAAGUUUCAGGCCACUGUCGACACUGGCACCUCUCUGAUGUUCUUGCCUGAUCCCCUCGCCAGUAGAUACUGGGCAGCUAUCCCUGGUGUCCAGAGAUCAGACCAGCUCUCAGGGGUAUACAAGUUCCCUUGUGACGGAGCCCAAGACCUUCCCGAUCUGCUAUUUAAGCUCCCCAGCACAGAACAUGUACUUCGCAUACCCGGACCCUAUCUUAACUACGGUCCUGUGGACGAGGGCCCUUCCCUCUGUUGGGGCGGCAUGCAGAGCUCCAAAGGAAUGGACGUGACUGUUCUGGGCGAUGUUAUGCUCAAAGCUAUAUUCGUGGCCUUUGAUGUCGACAAGAACAGAAUCGGGCUGGCCAAUAAGAUUCUUCAUGAUGUUUAG